UCCUGCGGCGCAUCUUCAGUCCCGACUGAGAAGAAGACCGCGGCGUAGCUAUCUGUCUCAUCCUCGGACAGAUGAGUGACUGACUUUACCUGCCAGGGACAAGCAGUGGUUUCAGUGCCAUCUUUUUUCACAGUCUGUGAUACCUGUGUUUGGGUUUGCAACUUCUUCAGCUUCACCUGUUAUUCACGUCGAAUGUCAAACAAAUAGCCUAGGCUACAAAAACAAUACGCAACAACGAAGGAAAGUGUUGUCGUUGGCAACCCGAACAUCUGGCUGGACAUUUGACAGUUUCUCAGAAGAUUUGUCUUAAUUCGAUUUACUUUUACCAGACUGACUUUUGAUGAGCACUGCCUCGUCUCGAAUAAAUCAGAGACAAACAAUGGCAUUGAUGAACUGACAAGAUAUCAAAUUAGCCUUUUGAAACAAGAUGGAUAAAAUUGUUCAACUUGUUCAACUUCUAUAGAUAGGCAGGUUUUCCCCCAAUUAUGAACAGCAAACCAACGCCCAGGACUUGUAUUCUUCAUUUUAUAUUGUAUGCCUUCUGUUCAUGAAAAUAGAAAUGUUUUGUUUCUUCAAACCCCGAGGAUAUUCCAGGACCAGGACUGGGUCUAGAAAUGGGACAAUAUCCCGACACUCCUCCAACUCAACCUCAAGGCUAUACUUUACCUUUAUUCUGCUGCUUCUCAUCUUCACGCCUAGAGUGGAUUCUUCCUGGUGGUACAUUGGAGCCCUGGGUGCACGGGUGAUCUGUGACAACAUUCCAGGCCUGGUGAACAAGCAGCGCCAGCUGUGCCAGCGCCACCCGGACCUCAUGCAGUCUAUUGGGGAGGGUGCCAAGGAGUGGAUCCGCGAGUGCCAGCACCAGUUCCGCCAUCAUCGCUGGAACUGCAGCACGCUGGACCGAGACCACACCGUCUUUGGCAGGGUCAUGCUGCGCAGUAGCCGGGAGGCAGCAUUUGUGUACGCCAUCUCCUCGGCGGGCGUGGUCUAUGCAAUUACCAGGGCCUGCAGCCAGGGGGACCUCAAGAUCUGCAGCUGCGACGCCCAAAAGCGGGGCCAGGCUAGUGACGACAGGGGCGAAUUUGACUGGGGCGGCUGCAGCGACAACAUCAACUAUGGCAUCAAGUUCACCAAGACCUUUGUUGAUGCCAGAGAAAAGAUGGUGAAGGACGCUCGGGCACUGAUGAAUCUACACAACAACCGCUGUGGACGAAUGGCAGUGAAGCGCUUUAUGAAACUGGAGUGCAAGUGUCAUGGCGUCAGCGGCUCCUGUGCCCUUAGAACCUGCUGGCUGGCCAUGUCGGACUUCCGGAGGACCGGGGACUACCUCCGGAAGAAGUACAACACGGCCAUCGAGGUGACCAUGAACCAGGAUGGCACCGGGUUCAUGGUGGCUGACAAGGACUUCAAGGGAACCACCAAGAAUGAGCUGGUGUAUGUAGAAAAGUCCCCUGACUACUGCCUCAUGGACAGAGCAGCAGGCUCCCUGGGAACGGCAGGGAGAGUCUGCAACAAGUCUUCUAGAGGCACAGACAGCUGCGAGGUCAUGUGUUGCGGACGGGGCUACGACACAAUGCGCGCCAAGCGAGUCACCAAGUGCGAGUGCAAGUUCAAGUGGUGUUGCGCCGUGGAGUGUAAGGACUGUGAGAACACUGUGGACGUUCACACCUGUAAGCCCCACAGGCGACCCGAUUGGCUGGACCAAACCAGACGCUGAGGCCCAUUCUUUAAAAGGACGUAGUAGUGGUCAACUGCAUUGUGGGAUAUGUAUUUCCUACUCCUGACUCCUUACGCACUCCUUUCGGACCUCCAUUACAUCUGACAACCCCUUCUAAAGUGACAUCCUAAAGAACCUUUCCCAAGGCGCCGUAUCCCAACUUGGUUUGGAUGGUGCAGUGCUGUAUGGGACUGUUCGGUGGGAAGGCUUUCUAAGAGAAUGGUUGAGCUGGGAGAGGGGAUAGUUCCUAUUUAUGUUUUUGUUUGUUUGUGUUGAUUGUGUGCUGCUUCCAAGGUGCCGAGGACACUAAUUUUUCUACAGACAUUCAUUCACACAGUAUCUGUUGUGGAAAUGCAGAACAGGACAUUGUACUGUGAGCACACCAGAGAUUGAGUUAGGAUUGUUGGCUGGUGUAUGUGUUGUUGCUUUUUUGCUUUGUUUAAGACUAUGUUCUCUCUAAAUCGGUGAUCACUUUGUUCAGUGUUUCAUUGGCCUUAUAAUAGAAGGAGAUGAAGAACUGAAAUUGUACUCUGCUUGAUAUAAUGGAAAGACUGACAUGUAUUCAGUUGUUAGGAGUAAAAAAUUAUAUUUAAAAAUGGAGGACUUACCCUACUGGUAAAGUGCAUGGGGAUGGAUGUACAGCAGAAAGUCUAACGAUCAACGUUUACCGCGGGCCAGAGAGCUGCUCUAUAGACACUAAUGUAAAGUAGCAGUCAAAACACUUACACACACCUCCUCAUUCAAUGGUUUUUCUUUAUUUUUACUAUUUUCUACAUUGUAGAAUAAUAGUGAAGACAUCUUAACUAUGAAAUAACACAUAUGGAAUCAUGUAGUAACCAAAAAGGUUUUAAACAAAU